CAAGCUCGCACUUUCGACAAAUAUGUCCGCAACCACCUCGACCAACACUGCCAGCUCCGCACCCGCCGCCUCGGGCUCGACCCGCGAGGGCGUCGUCGACGGCAACACGUCGGCCGCCGGCGGCUCGCGCGGUGGUGCCAUCCAGCAGAACACGGCCGCCCAGGACGAGGGCAAGAACCUUCCCAACGACUUCACCCUCGCCAACACCAAGGCCGACAUCGCCGCCGACGACCACACCGAGCCCAACGUCGUCCCGGGCGAGUCGCUGUCGACGGCCGGCCCGGGCGGCGACGUCCGCCAGAAGGAGGUCAGCGAGCACGAGCAAAAGGGCCUCAAGCAGCGCCUCGAGCGCGACGACGAGCGCGAGGACCGCGAGGCUCGCGGCUACGACGAGCCCAUCUCGCGCCUUCGUCAGCCCGCUCACCCGUAAAGGGCAGCUGCUCGACGUCGCAGGUGGGAGAGACUCGGCUCCGCGUGGAGGAGAAGGGAGGACGAGUCCGCUUGACCGUGUACAUAGCGCAACGAGCAAAGCAUUCGCAGUGCAUCACACACCCU